CCAGCCAGCUAGUGUAUCGAUUUUUCCAGUUAAACCAUUGAGGACUUUUAUUUUGACUUUGUGUAUUCGAUGACAAGAGAAGUUUUGUUUUCAUUGCGUCCAAAGGGCAAUUUGAGACAUUAGCAAAAACUGAAGGUGUUUUUAAUCGUCGUCCGCUUUGGAAAAAGCCCUGGCUGAAGUAACGGGUCAGCUGAAGUGUGUUUGGCUGAGAUCAGGGGAAUCUUUGGGAAAUGGCCAACCCACUCCGAGCAGAGGUAGUGCAGCUGUACAAAACUUUGCUGUUUCUUGGACGGGAGUAUCCGAAGGGAGCCGACUAUUUCAGAGACAGACUGAGGGCUGCGUUUGCCAAGAAUAAAGAUGUGAGCGACCCCGAGAAGAUCAAAGAGCUCAUCAGCCGAGGAGAAUUCGUGGUGAAAGAGCUCGAGGCGCUCUAUUACCUCCGGAAGUACAGAGCCUUGAAGAAGCGAUAUUACGAAACAGAGUGAAUAAAAAUCACAUGCUGCACACUGCUUGAUAUUUACAUAAACGACAGAACAGCAGCGAUAGAAUGACUGUAACAGCAACAUAUAUUAUCCUAAUUACACAUUUUAUCGCUAUUAUAAUAAAAACGGGCAAAAAAAAUAAUAAUAAAGUGAUUUUAUUUGAAAAUCCGAUAUUCAAGUUCAGCUAUUGCCAACAGGUUUGUUGCCACUGGUGUGAUACAGUCAUGUCUGAUAUGUUUUAGAAGGAUCUUUCUAAAUAAAACAGUGCUUGGCAGUGCCUUAUGCUGGUUCAAACAUCA